CGGAAACGUCGCUGGUUAAAACAAGAGCAAUAUCUGCGCAUGAUUAACGUACUGGUAGGUAACGGUCACAUUUUGAUGAAAGCAGACAGAGGAAGAUCAUCUGGGACGGCGUGCCCCCGUGUGCGUCGUUAAUUCAUUGGACUGCGAUCCAAAAGAGGCUUGAUGGAUAAUUAAGCUCUCUGAGCAGCUAGAAUUCAGAGCAGUCGAAGGCAUCGAGGCUUCAACACCUGGAUCGUUACUGCUGGAGCGCGGUGUGCCGGAGUGCUGGUUUCUGCACACGUGAAGAAAAGAGACAACGGCCGUUUGAGAUCUGAUAUGUCAACGGUAACAGCUUCAGUGUUUGACAUUUCAAGGACUAUAUUAUCUCCUGAAAACGGAAACCAUGCCCGUAAUCAGACAGGUCAGUGUACCCCAAUGCCCCUGCCUGCCUUGGGCACUUUGAAACUCAUCCAAGGCAAUGGCACGAAUGUGGGAACGGUGAUUUCCUUCCAGUGCCCAUCCAAACACCGGCUAGUUGGGGAGGGAGUGGUGUCCUGUGUCUGGAACAGCAACAGCACCCAGUGGACAGGGGGAACACCCUGGUGCAAACCACUGUCCAGGUAUGAGGACUUUGGAUUCAGGGUGGCUGUGAUCGCCUCCAUCAUUAGCUGUGCCAUCAUCUUGCUGAUGUCCAUGGCCUUCCUCACUUGCUGUCUGCUGAAGUGUGUCAAGAAACAGGAGAGGAGGAGGCACGAGAGGGAGACACAGCUAUGGCACCAGCUGGAGCGUGAGGAGCUGGAGGAGAUGCAAGCAUCAUAUUAUGGCCAGAAAGGCAGAAAUAACAACAACAACACAAGAAAGGAGAAGAUAGCCGGGGAAGAGUCUCGGAGCCUCACUGGGCGUGACAACAUGGGUUUCUGCAGGUGUUAUUAUGAUUACCCAUGUGCAAUGAAUGGCCGUGCUCCGGCCUCCACAUCUGCCCCAUACUCUGUCCCCUACAGAGAGUAUGGCCCAGCCAUCAGCCUGCACUCCCAGAACCCAGGCACGGCUCGUUGCUUUGACCCAGCAGAGAGAGGAAUUGCGGCAGUGAGUGGGCCGCAUAUGGACAACCUUCACAAGAAGUACAGACACCCACUCUGCACUCAGGAGCGUCCUACACGCAUCAUAUCUGUGUGAGGCAGAGCGACCAAUCAGCAAGUGGACCACAACCAAGCAGAGACAGGCAGCACCCUUUGCUUGCACCAGAACAGAAGCACUUGUGCCUUAAAUGCAACCAUUACAAGACUGAGCGCUGUAGUCCUCACGGAUUUACAGAAAGCGUUUUGCACUUUCAAUGGGAAAACUGCCUUUAGCUAGCGAGAAUCUCUUUCUUGGUUUAUUUUCCUUUCAUUCUGUUUCCUUUUGGAAACUUAGUCCAUAGAUCCACGAUUAAUAGUUUAGUUUGCAAAGAGAAUGUAAGGCCAGAUUUACUAAAGUAUUUUGCGUGCAUGUGGGGCAGUAAAGGCCCAUAGCUAAACAUGUGUGGGACCAACUAGACAUAAUGAGUGAAAGCUGUAAUUAAGGACUGGCACAACUGAGAUAAACACAUUGAAGUGGGAGUGUGGACCACUGUCUGUAUUUUUGCUCUCAUUGCAUUUGUAGUAAAAUACAUUUGUAUGUACUUCUGACUACUUAUUCAGCUAUUCCUUUGUAAUACAGGGCAGGUUUAUGCAUGAUGGGAUCACUGAUUCUAUCAUUUCAUGUUUGGGCAUUCUGAUCAUUUUUUUUCUAAAUAGCCUUAGAAAACUUUGGUUUUCACAGGUGUUCCUGGACCAGAACACUCAACCAUUGUAUUCUGUGAUGGUCGCUUUGUUAAUUGUGACAGCAUGGUGUUUCUUCAGCCUGACUGUGUGAUUAUCCGCCCUCCAUAAUAGUACUAGGCUGUGUCUAAAACUGCAUCUGCACCCGCAUUCACUAACUCCCCUCCCUCGGGCAUGUGUCACUGGCUACACUGAGUUUGUCCCAGUACUGUAGGUGAGGGGACAGGGCUUGUCAUGCCCUCAACUGCCCCCUCUAAGCACUUCUGUGAAAGUGCUGGCUUUGUGAUGACCU